AUGUAUCACUAUACAAAUCAGUCAAUUUAUAAUCACGAAGUUUAUCAACAGUGUUCUGUUGUCGAAACAAAUAGAAAUCACAAUGUUGCAAGUGUUGUUACUGAAAACGGUGGAUUCAAUACUAAUAAUCAGGAAAUCGUUCCCUUUGUACCACAGGACAAACGCCAUAAUGCUCCAACUGAGAUUCGGGACAACGUGAUUGAAAAAUCCCCUAAGAAAACUAUUGUAGACACAUCUAACUUUAGCAUAGAAGAGAGGUUGGUAACCGCUGUAUGGGUACACGAAAGGAAAAGAACAAACACCGGCAUGAAUCAAAUAAAACAGGAUUUCCGGCUGCGAUUUGGACGUGAACCUCCCGCUAAAAACACACUGCUGGCUUGGGAGCGAAAAUUGUUUGCGACCGGCAGUGUCCGAGACGCUCCUCGUCCUGGGAGGCCCGUAAAACGAGGGAGCCGCGUGGCGGAGGUUUCUGCGUCGGUGGCGGCGGCGCCGGCGCUGUCGGUGCGGGGCCGCGCGCGGGCGCUGGGAGUUCCGCUGUCAACGCUGCGCGCCAUCCUCACCCGGGACCUGCGCCUCAAGCACGAGCAGCCCCGGCGCACGGGUAAACCAUCACAAACAAGGAUAAUACAGCCAGCCAGAAAGAAAUCCGCAGCGGGUCCACCAGCUAACUUGACAGUGCCAUCACUGCCGGUUCCUAAUUGA